AUGGCACCUAAAGAAGACUGGGAGAAAUACGAGAAGAAACUCGACGAGAAGGAAGAGAAGAUCGUCGCGCUUGACGAGUCGGACAUUCAGAUUCUCAAGACCUACGGGCAAGGACCAUACUCGAUAUCCCUCAAGAAGAUCGAAAAUGAGCUCAAGGAGAUCCAAAAGCGGGUUAAUGAGAAGAUGGGCGUGAGGGAGUCGGAUACAGGGUUGGCUUCUGCCAACUUGUGGGAUACGGCGGCGGAUAAGCAGAGGCAAGGAGAGCACCCCCUCCAGGUGGCUAGGUGUCAGACCAUCAUCAAAGCUACCGAUCCUGCGCUUGUUGGCCAAUCAGCCAACCCGCAAGACGGUGCUGGCGCUGGCAACCCCGACGGCGACAAGUACGUCAUUAGUAUCAAGCAGGUGGCCAAGUUUGUCGUGGGUCUGGGAGAUAGGGUAUCGCCUACAGACAUAGAGGAGGGGAUGCGUGUAGGGGUCGACCGGACAAACUACAAAAUCAUGAUCCCCUUACCGCCCAAGAUCGACCCUUCAGUUACAAUGAUGCAAGUCGAGGAACGCCCAUCAGUCACCUAUGCCGACGUCGGAGGAUGCAAGGAGCAGAUCGAAAAACUGAGGGAGGUUGUCGAGCUUCCGCUUCUGGAGCCCGAACGAUUCGCCAACCUCGGUAUCGAACCGCCAAAAGGUGUCCUCCUCUACGGUCCGCCCGGUACCGGAAAGACCCUCUGCGCCCGAGCCGUCGCCAACCGGACAGACAGUACCUUUAUCCGCGUCAUCGGAUCCGAGCUCGUACAAAAGUAUAUCGGAGAAGGCGCUCGCAUGGUCCGAGAACUGUUCGAAAUGGCUCGCUCCAAAAAAGCCUGCAUCAUCUUUUUCGACGAAGUCGACGCGAUCGGUGGUGCGCGAUUCGACGACGGCGCUGGGGGAGACAAUGAGGUCCAGAGAACAAUGUUGGAAUUGAUCAACCAGCUGGACGGGUUCGACUCGAGGGGGAAUAUCAAGGUCAUUAUGGCGACCAACAGACCUGAUACGCUGGAUCCGGCGCUGCUUCGGCCUGGACGACUGGAUAGGAAGAUUGAGUUUGCGCUGCCGGACAAUGAGGGCAGGACGCAUAUUCUCAAGAUUCACGGCAAGAGUAUGUCGGUCGAGAGGGAUAUCCGGUACGACCUCAUUGCGCGUUUAUGCCCAAAUGCGACCGGUGCGGAGCUGAAGAGUGUGGCGACAGAGGCGGGUAUGUUUGCCAUUCGGGCCAGGAGGAAGGUGGCCACCGAGCGGGACUUCCUCGAUGCGGUCGAGAAGGUUAUCAGGCAGGGGACAAAGUUCAGUAGUACGGCUCUUUACGCCCAAUACAAUUAG